CCUGCGCUAUCUCCGGACAUAAACAUGGCAGUCCCAGUUGGUGUUCCAUCCAUUUCCCAGCUGUCAGCAGGACAUGCGACUGUCUAUGAGAAUUUCUUCAGACAGGCGGAUGUGUCUAACACUGGUCAAAUUGGAGCAUCAGAUGCUGCGGCCUUCCUCAAGAAGUCUGGUUUAAAAGAAGGAAUUCUUCACAAGAUUUGGGAGCUCUCUGAUCCACAAGGGACUGGAUUUCUUGAUAAACAUAGAUUUUUCUUGGCUCUGAGAUUGAUUGCCCUAGCACAAAAUGGUAAAGAUGUCUCAUUGUCAAAUCUGAUGUUGCUAGUCCCAGCACCCAAAGUAGGUGAUGUGAUCCUCUCAGCAGUACCUCCUCCACAGGAAAGUACGCUUUGGGCUGUAAAACCAGCAGAAAAAGCAAAAUAUGACAACAUAUUUGAGGGACUGCAACCAGUCAAUGGUCUUCUUCCAGGAGAAAAAGUGAGACCUGUUCUUUUAAACUCAAAGCUUCCUAUUGAUGUACUUGGUCGUGUAUGGGAGCUUGCUGAUAUUGACAAAGAUGGAAUGUUAGACGGUGAUGAAUUUGCAGUGGCAAUGCAUCUUGUGUAUCGUGCAUUAGAGGGAGAUCCUGUCCCCCUCACACUUCAUGGCAAGCUUAUACCGCCGUCAAAAAGGAAAUUAAAAUUGUCUUCAUCAGCUCCUUCCUCGCCAUCUCCAAAGGGGCUUACUCCACCUUCAGUCAGCAGUUCUGUUCUCUCCACAACCACAACUACUCAGGAAACCGCAUGGGUGGUAACAAGUGCUGACAAGUUGCGUUAUGAUGCCAUGUUCAAACAAGCUGAUAAGGAUGCUGAUGGACUUGUUUCUGGAGAAGAAGUAAAGAGUAUCUUUAUGGCAUCUGGAUUGCCGCAACAAGUUCUUGCUCACAUAUGGGGACUGUGUGACUUAACAGGCCAAGGACGCCUGAACUCUGAGCAGUUUGCCCUAGCCAUGUAUCUUAUACAUCAGAAGGUUAUGGGUGUGGAUCCACCUCAGACCUUGCAGCCAGAGAUGGUUCCACCCUCUGUGAGGAGUGGAAGUGCUGCAUCCCCUACUGGGGGAGAGGACAGAGAGGGGGGAGCUGCUGGAUCUGUCAUUUCAACACUAAGUGAUUUUUCAGCCAUCAAAGAGCUGGACAAGAUAACUAAAGAAAUAGAAGACCUUGGGAGAGAAAAAACCAGUUUACAGCAUGAGAUUGAAGAAAAAGAAGAAAUGAUCAGACAAAGAAAUGGAGAAAUACAGAAUCUACAGAGUGAGCUUGAAAAAACUAAACUGAAAUAUCAAGAAUUAGAGAAACAAAAAACAGAUUCACAAGGCAAACUUGAUGACUUAGACAAAGAGAAAGCCAAAUUGGAUGAAAUGUUGAAAGAUGCAAAGCAGAAAUGUGAGGAAGAAACAAAAACGAUAAACGGUUUGCAGGCACAGAUCGCAUCUUCGAGAAAAUCAGCCCUGGUCAGAUCAAAGGUUUCAACACUUGAAGAAACAAAUAGUAGCCUAAACGCCAAUAUUGCACAUUACAAUUCGUUGAUGAACUCCCAGAGUUUGUCCAGUGGUCCAGCGUCCAUUCCAGAUUUUGCACCCCUGUCAGAUGCGUUUGACAUGACGCCAACUCCCUCAGAAGCCGAUGCCAUGAGCGUCAGAGCGACUGCUGGCAGCAGUCCUGUGAGCAGCAUAAGCGGCUUUAGUGUUGGAUCUGGUCGAGUAGAUGAAGCUGUAGAUGAUUUUAAGGAUACAGAUCCUUUCAAGAGUAAAGAAAAUUUAUUUAGUUCUUCAGAAACAGAGUCAAACGAUCCUUUCCACGUAGAUGAUCCUUUUAAAACAGACCCAUUUCAUUACAAGAGCGUUUCGUUCGCGGACCCUUUUCCAGGCGAUCCGUUUGAGGGCGAAGACUUGUUCAAAGGUGAUCCUUUUAAAAGUGAUCUUCCAGCCAGUGCAGAAGCUAAUGGGUCUGGUGCAGGAAUAAGCAAUGGUUUAUCAUCUUCACCAGCCAAAUCAGAUCCUUUUGCUAUGGAUCCCUUCCAGAGCACAUUUCCAAGCAGCAAAAAUGCGACAGAUAACUUUUUCAGCUCAGAUCCGUUUAAACCAUCUGGGAGUGGUUCAGAUGCUAAGAAAAGCUCGAAUAACCCACAGGAGAAAGAUUCUCUCUCCUCUGUCAAAGAUCCUUUCAGCAAUCCCUUUGGCCCUGAUCCAUUUGGUUCAUGAUGAAACUCGACCUUUCCCCAGUUGAACAUACCGCAUUGUCUGAAUGUCUAUAAAAGUAUCGGCGAGAACAAGAUUAUGGCUCUUGUAGUCUCCCGCUUCAAAAACUUUGUUCAAAGUUAACGAAAACUAAGUAACAACUAUAUUGAAAGUUGAUGGGAAAAAUAGCGUUUUCGGUCAAAAUUUUAUUUUGGAGAAGAGGCUGAGCCCGCGAUCAGCUGAGCAAGUUUUGUUGAUUGGCUUUGCGAUCAAUUUAGAUAUCUAGUACACUACUAGCGUAACGGCGUUCGACGUGUUCAUGAGCCUUCACUGAUAAGAGAAAGAGAAGCCGGCGUGUGGAAUAGUAAUGUUUUCGAGAGGGGUUUAUCUUUGCAAAUUUAAGUGUUUGUUUGUGCGGUCUUUUCUAUUAGUUCCGUCACGGUUGCUGUGGCAACGCUACUGACCGAAAACAGUGAUGGCGGGCUCAGUAAAUACUAUUGGCAAGAAAAGAAAAUAGGAUAUUAAGCUAGUAAAGGGCGCUCGCUAUCCUUCUAUAUAAACUUGUGUGGACUGUCGGGAAACCAAUAUUUGAGUCUUUUACAACUGCCUGUCGGAACAAAGGUAAUUCAUCUACGGAGUGAGCGAGAAUACAAAGUAGAAAUGGCACACUAGUUGAAGCACCGGAAAGAAAGCAAAUGAACAAGUCACGAUUGGUUUGGAUUGCUUCAUUUCCUGAGAGGAUGACACAAGUUACUCAGACCAGUCACAGAACCAAGUAAUUGCGAGGCGUGAACCAUAACCAUUGAGAUUCGGCGUUACUUAUCGACAAUCGAAAAUUGCUCCGGAUUGGCCGACCCUGCUUACCUUUUUGUUAAGGAAAAGAGUUUGUCGUGAGUUCCUUUUGUGAACGAAGUAUGUUUUUUUUUUUUAUCGCAUUUUAUGAUUUACCCAUCUACUCCCGGAAGUGAUUAAAAUGUAACUUCUUCCUGUAAGAUCCAUACAUUAUCCAGCAAACAGGUAAUGAGAAGACUGGAACUUAUCAGGUAGAAGUUUUUCUUUUAAUCUAACACCCGAUUCUCAUAACUAAUUUACGAGGAAAUGUAAAACAGCUCGAGGGAAGAAUUAGUGACUAGAUCUUGAACGUUUAAGGGUUGGCCCGAGAACAACCUGUUGACAAAUUUUAAUUUUAAUUGUAUAUGUCAGGAAUCUAGAGUAUUUAUCAACUGCAUUUUUUUAUGUUUACGCCGCAGCUUUAUAACACGUGAGUAAAACUUGAAUUAUGGUCACACACGAGUCCAUCUUGUUUGAAAUUAAAAGCGUGACGUGAAAGUAACGCAUUGGAUCCUUUUGCAACUUAAUGUAACGUAAAGCAAUCUUCAAAUAAUCAAAUAAUAAGCGCAAAUAAAGGAACGUGUGACGGGCUUUCAAUAAAGUGUA